AUGGCUUCUCCUUUGGAAUUCUGCAAAGAGCAAAUGAACUACUACAAGAUUUGUUACGUUGUCACUGAUGUACUAACUGAAGGCCUACGGGCAAUCUUUAAGAGAGAAUGGGACAAGCGCUUCAAGGAAACCCUGGGAGAAUGGAAAGAUGAACCCAAAAAUGGGAUUGACUUUCGGAACAGUGAAUCCCCCCAAAAGAUGCGCAGAAACGCCCGUCUUUUGGCAACUAUGCAAAAUGGCGACAGAGCUGAAUGGGAUUGCUCCAUGCUGUUUUAUGCCAUCCUUUUUUCUGAUUGCAUCUGCGGUCUCAAUCCAACUGUUCGAUCAAAUGUGGAUGAUCUCAGAAGAUUUCGCAAUGAAGAAUUCGCUCACAUGUCACAAGGCCACCUUUCUGACGAAGAUUUUCAAAAUGCUAUUUUAAAGAUAAAUACUGCAUUUCACGUACUCGGUCUUCCCACUGAAAAAAUCCGUGAAAUCCAAACUCAGACAAGUUUCCCAACAGAAGAGUUAACAAAUAUUCGGAAGAAAGUUGACAACCUUCAACAAGAGGUUAUAGAGAAGGAAGCAAAACUAGAAGAAAAAGAGAAUCAACGACUGAUCCUUGAAGAACAGUUGCAAACCGAAGUCUUCCCAUUUUGUAUUCUCCCUCCUGGACCUACACAUGAAGUCGUCCCUCGCAGAUCGGAGGUUGAUAAAAUCACACAACACCUCAUAGAACUCAAAGAUGAAAACAAAGACAGCUUAAGCACCUUGUACUUAUCCGGAAACCCUGGAAGUGGAAAAUCUGUGCUGGCCCGUUUAACAGCCAAGCGAUUUUUCGACGAGAGCAAAGAAACUCCCUCUACGAUUUCAUUUGUCAUGACGCUUAACGCAGAAAGUUCAGAAACACUUUUGGAAUCGUAUAUCUCCUUCGCUCAACACUGCAAAUGUGCGGAGUUCGCAGUUACAAACACUCGUUCUUCCAAAGAUCUGAGCAUAGACGAGAAAAUUGUAAGUCUCAAGACCUUAGUAAGCACAAAAAUUGGGCUUUACACGUCGUGGUUGCUGGUAGUUGAUGAUGUCACUAGUUUGUCUCGUGUACUUACUUAUUUGCCAGGUCCAGGAAACCAACAAUGGAUGGGGGGCCAGUUACUCAUAACAACACAAGAUACCGAGUCUGUUCCUUCAACAAGCCCCUCCACUCAGCACAUCUCAGUAAGUAAGGGGAUGUUCCCUGAUGAUGCCAGUUCUUUGUUGAGGCUCCUUUCUGGUGUCACUGAUGACAAGAUGGAAAGAAAAAUCGCACAGCGUUUGGACUACCAACCCCUUGCUUUGGCCAGUGCCGCCAUCUACGUAAGACAAUUUCAGAAAGGUAGCAGAGUUUCAAAUUUUGGCUGGACCGACUUUCUGAAUAAACUAGAAAAAGGACAGCGAUACGCAACUGAGGUCAUUCUAGCAGAGACAAACCCAGGUUACUCAAAAACAAUGACCAUGGCAAUUCGACUCGUCUUGCAAAAGGUACUGACUUCCGACAGAGCUUUAGAUCACCUGUUCACUUUUCUCUCUCUUUGUGCGCCACAGCCUAUACUAAAAGAUAUUGUCGUCGACUACAUUAUGGAAAUGGAAAAGGAAUUUGAAGAUAAAGAUGAGAUUGAGGUAAAGAUAAGUCGAUGCCCAUUGCUGUUGUUAGAGGAAGAGGAGAGUUGUGUCUACAUUAAAGUGCAUGGAGUCGUCCAUUACGUUGUUAAUUCAGUAACAAGGAAUUCUGCAAGGGAUAAGCGAAUCAAAUCCGUUCUAGGGGCUCUUUCAUCCUUCUGCAGAUUCCAGGAUCAAGAUUCUCUAUUCAUUGGCACGAAAAUUGUUCCGCAUUUGGCAGAAGUGAUUAGAGACGCCGAACGUUUGUUUUCUAAAGAAGGAAUACCUGAAGUCGCUCAAAUUGGUGAAUUGAAUCUAUGGCACUAUUCUAAUGUCUUUACCACCCUGGGAAGAAUGUGCUACAACCACUCUCAAUAUCAGGCUGCAAAAAGCUACUUUGGAGCAGUCCUAACCAUCAUCAAGUUAAGAGACCCAAGUAAUGAAUUAGAAAAAACAAAUAUUUAUAAUCACUUGGGUCUUGUCCACCGGCAGCUAGGUAACCUAGAGCAGGCGAAAGACUUUCACAAGCGAGCGCUGGAUGUUCUUCUGGAAAAGCUCGGACCUGAGCAUGUUGAUGUCGCAACGUCUUUCAAUAACCUGGGCCUUGUCCACUGGAAGCUGAGUGACCUAAAGCAGGCAGAAGACUUAAUCAAGCGAGCACUGGAUAUUCGGCUGAAAAAGCUCGGCCCUGAGCAUAUUUCUGUUUCAACGAUUUACAAUAACCUGAGCCUUGUCUACCGGCAACUGGGUGACCUAAAGCAAGCAAAGGACUGUCACGAGCGAGCGCUGGACAUUCGGCUGAAAAGGCUCGGACCUGAGCAUGUUGAGGUCGCAUCGUCUUAUAGUAACCUGGGCCUUGUCUACCGGCAGCAGGGUGACCUGAAGCAGGCAAAGGACUGUCACGAGCGAGCACUGAAUAUUCAGCUGAAAAAGCUUGGCCCUGAGCACGUGGAUGUCGCAAUGUCCAACAAUAACCUGGGCCUUGUCCAACGGCAGCUGGGUGACCUACAGCAGGCGAGAGACUUUCACAAGCGAGCGCUGGAUAUUCAACUGAAAAAGCUCGGACCUGGGCAUGUGGAUGUCGCAAUGUCUUACAAUAACUUGGCCUUUGUCCACCGGCAGCUGGGUGACCUACAGCGGGCAAAAGACUUUCACGAGCGAGCGCUGGAUAUUCAGCUGGGAAAGCUCGGCCCUGAACAUGUUUCUGUUUCAACGUCUUACAAAAACCUGGGCCUUGUCUACCGGCAGCUGGGUGACCUAAAGCAGGCAAGAGACUUUCACAAGCGAGCGCUGGAUAUUGAGCUGAAAAAGCUCGGACCUGAGCAUGUGGAUGUCGCGGUGUCUUACAAUAACCUUGGCCUUGUCCUCUGGCAGCUGGGUGACCUAAGGCAGGCAAAAGACUUAAUCGAGCAAGCGCUGGACAUUUGGCUGAAAAAACUCGGCCCGAAGCACGUUUAUCUCGCAACCUCUUACAGUAACCUGGGUGCUGUCCUCGAGCAGCUUGGUGACCUGCAGCAAGCGAAAGACUGUCACGAGCGAGCAUUGGAUGUUUUGCUGAAAAAGCUAGGCCCUAAGCAUGUUGACGUCGCAAGGUCUUACAAUAACCUGGGUCUUGUCCUCGUGCAGCUGGGCGACCUCAAGAGGGCAAAAGACUGUCAUGAACGAGCAGUGGAUGUUUGGCUGAAAACGCUCGACCCUGAACAUGUUGAUGCCGCAACGUCUUACAAUAACCUGGGCGCUGUCCUCGAGCAGCUUGGUGACCUACAGCAGGCUAAGCACUGUCACGAGCGAGCGCUGGAUAUUCGGCAGAAAAAGUUGACCUGA